AUGGAGGCAUUCCAUCAGUUUACCCCGUAUGAUCCUAGUAGUGAAGAGCAUAAAGCUACGGUGACAGUUGCGUUUAUUGACCAGUCUAGUAGAGACAUCAGGAAGAAACUGCAGAAGCUUGAAGGGUUACAAGAUAAGUCAUUGAGGGAAUUAGUGCAGGUGGCUGAAAAGGUUUAUCAUAACAGAGAGGUAACUCUAAAAGUGGAGGGGAAGCCUACUCAGUUCGUGGUAGAUACUGGAACCGAAAAUUCAGUAUUACCACAAGCAAAUGGACCCCUUCUCAAAGGGAAGUUGUGGGUACAAGGGGCCACAGGGUACAGGCAGUACUCAUGGACUACCCGAAGAAUGGUGGACCUAGGCAUGGGCCAGGUAUCCCACUCGUUCAUUGUCAUUCCUGAGUGCCCCUACCCACUACUGGGAAGAGACCUCCUCACCAAAAUGGGUGCUCGAAUUCAUUUUGACCCCGAGGGACCUCGGGUGUUAAAUUGACAAGGAAGGCCUCUCCACGUACUAACUCUUGGGCUGGAGGAUGAAUACCAAUUGUUUGAAAAACAAGGGUGGGAGACUGGACAGAUGGACUGGUGGUUAGAAUACUACCCCCAGGCGUGGGCAGAAACUGCAGGGAUAGGGAAGGCUAAAAACCGGCCCCCCGUCCAUGUAGAGCUGAAGGCUCAGGCCAGCCCUAUAGCUUUGCUCCAGCUGGGGAUCCUACGGAAGUGCCAAUCAGCCUGGAACAUGCCCUUGCUGCCGGUCCGAAAACCUGAGACUAAUGAUUACCGACCGGUCCAGGACCUCCGAGAGGUAAAUAAGCGGGUGACCGAUCUCCACUCCACAGCUCCUAACCCCUAUAAUCUUUUAAGUUCUUUACCUCCAGACAGGACCUGGCAUUCAGUACUAGAUCUCAAAGAUGCAUUCUUCUGUUUGCUGCUGACUGUAAAAAGUCAAGAUUACUUUGCCUUCGAGUGGAAAGAUCCAGAGACUGGCCUAGCAGGGCAACUCACGUGGACCCGCCUGCCUCAAGGGUUCAAAAAUUCGCCCACCAUCUUUGACGAGGCCCUCCACCAAGACUUGGCUGUGUUCCGGGCCUCUAACCCCGAGGUAACUCUGUUGCAGUAUGUAGACGAUCUCCUCCUGGCAGCGGCCGACAAAGAACUGUGUCUGGAAGGAACAAAGUGUCUCCUCACAGAGUUGGGAGAACUAGGCUACUGUGCCUCUGCCAAAAAGGCUCAGAUCUGCAAGCCACAGGUCAGUUACCUGGGGUACCUCCUUAAAGACGAGAAACGAUGGUUGUCAGAGGCCAGAAAAGAGACAGUGUUUCAUAUUCCACCACCCACUAAUCCAAGGCAAGUCAGAGAAUUUUUAGGUACUGCCAGGUUCUGCCGCCUAUGGAUACCUGGCUUUGCUGAGAUGGCAGCCCUCUUAUAUCCCCUCACUAAGAACAGUCAGCCUUUCAAGUGGGGAAAGGAAGAACAACAGGCUUUUAACAACAUCAAAAUGGCCUUAAUGUCCGCACUGGCUCUGGGGCUCCCCGACCUCGGGGCCGCUUCGGUCCUGAAGACGUACCAGCACAUUGCAGCCACAGGAAUCCUGGAGGACGCUCCAGAUUCCUCUGCAGGAGACGAACAGGUUCGACUCCAUGGGAGAUCUCUAGGUUCGUCAGCUGUAUUUGCUCUUCGAGGAAUAGAGAAGAAACUGGAGGUCCUGCCAUCCACAGACCCAGACUGGCUUCUUUCUGAUCCUCCUCCCUAUCCCCCUUCUCUCCAAGCACAGGCAGUCCACCCGUCAGCUCCACCAGAGGACCCACAAGAACCCGAGAAAGGGCCUGCUCAAGGGACACGCGGUUAA